CGCAGGGACUUGCUCCAGUUCUACAGCUGCUGUUUCUUUAUUUAGUUUUAUCAAAUAUUUAUACUCCGUAUUUCUUUUUUAAAUGCUCCGCAAAAAAAAAAAGUUACUCCAAAUAUCACGAGCUAAAAGAAAGUUCAAUAUUCUUUCUUGACAUUUUUCCUCCGUUCGUCAUUGGGAAGUCCAAUAGAUUCUUGUAAGAGAAAUUCAUUUGAUGGGCGGAUAAAAUGGGUUCUCUUGAAACUGGGGUUCCACUCAAGAAAGAUCCGCACCGCCAUUUCAUGCUUCGCUCAUCCUCAUCGUCAUCGUCUUCUUCUGGAGCAAGCAACAGCAGGCUUCAGAGGCUCAGAUCGAGAUGCACGAGGGCACUUCUGUUCAAGAAGAUUGACUAUCUCCAGUGGAUUUGCACGGUGGGGGUGUUCUUCUUCUUUGUCUUGCUGCUCCAGAUGCUUCUGCCUGGUUUCUUGGUUGAAAAAUCCCAAAAUUUCUCAAGUGUCAGUGGAGUUGGGUCUGGGGAUUUGGAGUUCUUGAAAGAGCUGGGCGCUUUGGACUUCGGGGAAGAUUUGAAGUUCGAGCCUUCCAAGAUUUUAGCCAGGUUCAAUGCCACUGCUGAGUCUAGGAGAGCAAUGGGGAUACCCUACCCCAAACCCAAACUUGGAUUGGUUUUUGCUAAUAUGUUGGCUGAUCCAUAUCAAGUAAUGAUGCUUAACGUUGCGUUAUCUUUGAAGGAGAUGGGCUACGAGGUUGAGGUGCUUACACUUGAAGAUGGUCCUGUGCAUGCUGUAUGGAGAGAUACUGGACUUCCAGUUAGCACUAUAGAAACUGAUAAGAAUAUGAAGACUAUCUACGUAGAUUGGCUUUCCUAUGAUGCCUUACUUUUGAGCUCACUUGAAGUUGCCAGAGUAUUAUCUUGCCUGAUGCAGGAACCUUUUAAGAAUGUACCUGUUAUGUGGACUAUCCAGGAACAUGUGCUUGCUUCUCACUUGAGACAGUAUAAGUCUGGUGGCCAGAACAUGCUUGUUGAGCAUUGGAGAAAAGUAUUCAGCCGUGCUGAUGUUGUUGUGUUCCCAAAUUAUAUUCUGCCGAUAUUAUACUCAACCUGUGAUACUGGAAACUACUUUGUGAUUCCGGGAUCUACUAGUGAAGUAUGGGAAGCUGCUAAUUUUCUGGCAUCAAACACAGAUAGUUAUCGUGCUAAGAUGGGCUAUGGAUCAGGAGACUUCAUUAUUGUAAUUUUAGGAAGCCAACUUCUAUACAAAGGUCUGUGGCUUGAGCAAGCCCUCAUUUUACAGUCUCUGCAGCCAAUCUUACUUCACAUGGAAAAUGAUGGGAGUUCUAAAUCUCAUUUCAAAGUUAUUGUUUUAGCUGGAGGAUCAAAUAGUAAUUACACUAUGGCUGUGGAGACAAUUGCACUGAACUUGAAAUACCCGAAUGGAAUGGUGAAGCAUUUUGCUCCAGGUGAAGACACAGAAAGUAUCUUAAGUAUCGCUGAUGUGGUGAUAUAUGCUUCAUUCCGUGAAGAGCAAUCAUUUCCAAACACUCUGCUAAAAGCAAUGUGCUUUGGGAAACCUGUCGUAGCCCCAAAUAUAUCAAUUAUCAAGAAAAAUGUUGAUGACAGGGUGAAUGGCUUUCUCUAUCCAAAACAGAAUAUUAAAGUUUUACCUCAUAUAAUCUCACAAAUUGUCUCAAAUGGUAAACUGUCACUUCUUGCUCAAAAUGCUGCAUCUAUUGGAAAGCAAACAGCUAGGAACCUUAUGGUUUUGGAGAGUGUUGAAGGGUAUGCUUCACUUUUGGAACACGUUCUCAGGUAUACAUCUGGAGCUGCAAACAUACAGUCCGUGACAAAGAUUCCUCUCAAAUUGAAAUCAGAGUGGCAGUGGCAUCUGUUUGAAGGAGCAAUUGAUGUUGAUCAUUUCAAAAAUAGAACUUGGCGGUCCCAUAUGUCACUGAACAAGCUUGAAAACCAAUUGAAUCAUACUCAAGAGGAUAGUUCUGUGGCAUUGAACGACACCUUUGUAUAUAGCAUUUGGGAGGAGGAAAAAUAUAUGCAGAUGACAAAUAGAGCGAAGAGAAGAGAAGAUGAUGAAUUGAAGGAUAGAAUGUUUCAAUAUCGAGGAACAUGGGAGGAAGUAUAUAAAAGUGCCAAAAGAGUUGACCGAUUGAGGAAUGAUUUGCAUGAGAGGGAUGAUGGGGAGCUUGAAAGGACAGGCCAAAGGUUGUGCAUUUACGAACCUUACUAUGGGGAAGGGACCUGGCCAUUUUUGCAACACACGUCACUGUACCGUGGGCUUGGACUGUCUACUAAAGGACGGAGACCAGGCCAUGAUGACAUUGAUGCACCCUCUCGUCUUCCACUGCUAAAUAACCGCUAUUACCGAGAUAUCCUUAGCGAAUUUGGAGGUUUUUUUGCUCUUGCAAAUAGGAUUGAUCGCAUACACAAGAAUGCCUGGAUAGGUUUCCAAUCCUGGAGAUUGACAGCAAGAAAGGAAGCCUUGUCUAAGAUGGCAGAAAUGUCAUUGUUGGAUGCAAUUGAGGAACGCAGAUAUGGUGACACUUUAUUCUUCUGGGCUUCUAAGGACAAGGAUCCAAGAAACCCACAGAAACUGAACUUCUGGUCAUUCUGUGAUACUAUUAAUGCAGGGCACUGCAAGUUUGCUUUCUCGGAGGCUAUGAAGAUGGUGUAUGGAAUUAAACAAAAUAUAAGCUGCCUUCCUCAAAUGCCAUCCGACGGAGACACAUGGUCGGUGAUGCAUAGCUGGGCAUUACCAACCAGAUCCUUUCUUGAGUUUGUAAUGUUUUCAAGAAUGUUUGUGGAUGCACUUGACUCAGAGUACUACGACGAGCAUCACCAAAGUGGGUAUUGCUACCUGAGUGCAACUAAGGAUAAGCACUGCUAUAGCAGGAUACUGGAGUUGCUUAUAAAUGUGUGGGCAUACCACAGCGGGAGAAGAAUGGUGUACGUGGACCCAAAGACAGGUGUGAUGGAAGAGCAGCACAAGGUGGAGGGGCGGAGAGGGAAAAUGUGGGUGAAAUGGUUCCAGCACAGCACGGUGAAGGCGCUGGACGAAGAGCUGGCAGAGGUGUCAGAUAGUGGUGGUGAUGAUGCCCCCAGAAAGCGGUGGCUAUGGCCAUCCACUGGAGAAGUGUUGUGGCAAGGAAUGCUGGAGAGGGAGAGGAACCAGAGGAAUAGGGAGAAGGAGAAGAGGAGGCAACAGAGCAGGGAUAAGAUCUCCAGGAUUAGGAGCCGGACCCACCAAAAGGUGAUUGGGAAAUACGUGAAGCCUCCGCCCGAGGAGGAGAAGCAGCAACAUACUACUAUUAUAAUUCCCAAAAACUCAACCCAAGAAAAAGAAGAAGAAGAAGAAGAAGAAGAAAAAGCUGCUUCUUCUUCUUCUUCUUCUGUACAGCAUCUGCUAUAGCCAGCCAGCAUUCAGUUCUCUCACUGUCUAAAGAUAUAUAUAGAAUGAAAUUAGAUUAGCUCC